GUCCCCCGCACCCGCAUCCUCGACCUCCUCAAAGUGCAAUGCCGCAUCUUCUCCACCAUCUACAAUCCGGACAACCUGCGCCUCGGCAACAAAAUCCUGCGCCAACGCCUCAAAGGCCCUACCCUCGCCGCCUACUACCCCCGCCGCACAGCCACCUUCAAAGACCUCAAAGCACUCUAUCCGGGGUAUGAGCUGUACGACGCGCAGGAAGAGGACCGGCUGGAGCAUAUU